AAUUCAUUGGUACUUAUUCCUUUCUAUAAGAUUUCAUUUUGUGAUUAUAUCUCCUAGAUAUCUUUCUUCUCAUCCAAUCCCCACUCCUCCCUUUUCUAUAAUUUGGAACGUAGUUGCGAGUAGCGAAACGAUUGAACAAUAAGUCGCUAGUAAUAGAGUAACCGCUAAUCAUUGAAAGGGUUCAAUUGAAAAACAAGGAGACUACAACAACUCCGUGUGAAGACCUAUCAGUAUAUUAAGAGACGGACUUCCCAGUAAAUCAGAGAAAGAAACCUGGAAAAGAACAAAUUAAGCAAAACUUUCGGCCUACCAUAGAUUGGUCAGUGUUCACCAUUCCAUACUCAUCAUGUCACAAAUAAUCCAACAACUUAACCAAGCCAAGCAAUUGGCAUUCUCCAAUAAAGACACAUUCCCACAGGUGCUUCGUCAAGUGCUCAGACUCGCCAACAACCCAGACGUCGAAGUGCAAACCUGGUGUGCUUCCUUUUUCAGAGAAUCUUUCACCGCUGAUGAUUCCAUUCUUUCGAGAGCAGACAAAGCAGAUUUGGCAAUUGAUGCCUUGGACGCCCUCUUAUUUCUCGUGGAGAUCCCCAACCGUGAGAUCUUCCACGACUGUGUAGUAACCGCUGUUGUGGUAUAUCGUUUGGUAUUCCGGUUCGUAGCAGACAACGAUGGGUGUACCGACGUAUGGCUCAAACUCAGUGCGUUGACUAAAACUCUUGUAAACAAGUUCUCCUCUAGUUUCCCACUUCCUAGUGAUGACGUGGAACAUGAUGCCACGAGAAGCUUGGACACCAAAUUGGAACUCUUGAAAUUUAUAGUUGUUGUGAUCGAUUAUGGUUCCAAAUCAAGUUCCUCUUCUUCUUCCCUUGCAUAUUCUCUCAAUCGAGUGCCCACGAAUCACACCCUUAUAAAGCAUUCUGCCGUUGAAGGUCAAUCGUUUUCUUACUUGGAAACGAUUCUUUCGACGUUGAAGAACGACAUCAUGGUUGCCCCCUUAAUCACUGCCACUUUGAACCAUUUGGCCAUCAUUAUGAAGAGAAAACCACAGUUUGUACCCAAGAUUUUACAAGUUUUAGAAAACUUUGACACGAAAAGAAAAGUACAAUCUAAUUAUCAAUCUUUGGAAGAAUUCAAGUUAUCUAAAAAAUAUGUUGAUAGAGCCUUGAAAGUUUUGUUGAACUAUUCUUUGAGACAACAGCUUGUACCAACCAAUUACCAACAGGUUUUGGCGAAAAAGGUAUCACAUUUAAUUGCCAGAGGUGAUGAAAUAAGAAAGAAGAAUAUUUUAUUACCCCUGCCUGAAGAUUCAAACAUUAAAAAGAGGAAAUUCGAUGGGUUUUUCAAUAGCAAUAAGAAACUCACCACCACCGAUUAUAAGAACUUAUACUGCUUGACAGACCCACUGAAUGAAUUAAAUUCAUUUGACUUGUCAGUAGUGCCACAAAAUAUCUUGGUUGCCAUGACAUUGGGAGCUUUGAACAAGGUUAGUGUUGAGAAAUUAUCAAAGGCAUUGACGAUUGUCAGUGAGAGAUACAAACAUACCAUGGAAACUGUUAGUGUUACCCCAGAUGUAGAGGAACCAACCGGAGACGAACCGGCCAGUAAAAGAUCAAAAUAUGAAGACGAUGAAGAUGCGGAAACUUCAGAUUAUAACCCAGAAUCGGUGUACACCCUCCCACCACCAAAAGAUCUUUCAUUUGAAGAUAAAAAGGCACAUGUGAAUAUUAUCAUCAAUAAUUUUUUCAAGCUAGCAGAGAUGCCAGUGACGGAAAUCGAAGAACAAACCGAAGCUGCAGUAAAUGGGGUUGAUAGACAACUCACAAAAGUUGCCAUUAAGAGUUGGAAAAAGGAUUCUUGGCUGGUAUUACUUACAAGGUUAGCUACUAGAGGGAUGCGCGGGGUUGACCCAGAAGACACUGAUAAUGCAUCUUCAGAUGCUCUGAAAAACAAUGAAAUGAGUGAUAUGAUUAGAAAGGCUAUUUUCGAUCAUUUUUUGAAUAAUAUCCAUAGUCGUAUCGAUCUUAUUAUUGAAUGGUUAAGUGAAGAAUGGUACUCUGAAAAGGUGUUCAAUGAAGAAAAAAUAAUUGAGGAGCUUACGGAAAAGCACACCAAAGAUGGGACUUCUGCCCUGGAAAUUCCAAACAUUGUGAGAAAGGAAGUCGAAACAAUGGAGAUCCCAACUCCUACUUAUAAUCUUUGGGCUGGUAGAGUUCUUGAUGCUAUGAUUCCCUUCCUUGAACCAAAUGAUCGUAAAAUUUUCAUCAGACUUCUUUCGGACUUGCCAUAUCUUAAUGAUAACCUUGUUCUGCGGAUCAAGUCUCUUUGUUUCGAUCCUGUUCGGUCUAAGAUUGGGUUCUUAUCAUUACAAUUUCUUAUCAUGUAUAGACCUCCAGUGAAACAAGCAUGCAUUGGUGUAUUAGAAGAGUUAUCUACAUGUGACCAAGAAGAUUUAAGAGAUGAAUCAAGUAAGUUAUUACAAAAAUAUAAAUAGGUAUAAAUAGGUUUUAAGAA